UCUUUCACAAAGUUUUACACAAGACGAAAUUCUGUGUGAAUCAAUUCAUUUUAGUUUACCAUCUUAUUUUUCUGAUCAAUUUUAUAAAAAUUCAUCUUUAUGUCAUUGUAAAUUAUCCUCAAGUUCAAAUCAAGAUGAAUCAAUUGAUUUGAAUUUCUAUAAUGAUGAAAAUAUUCAAAAAUAUAUUGAAAAAUAUCUUCAAAUCAAUACUCAACAAAAUGAAGAUAUAUUAUUCGUCGAUAAUAUUAAUGAAGAAGAUUUCUUAAUGGAUACUUCGAAUACAUCAAUGACAUCUACACAAAUUCAUAAUCAAACUGAUUUUAAUGAAUUAUUUUCAUUAGAAGAUUCUUUGAAUGAUAUUUGUAUGAAUAAUAAUCAAUCUGUAUCUUUAACUUCUGAACAAAUAUUAAGUAUUCUUGAUAUACCAUCAUCAUCAUCAUCAUUAUCAUCUAAUGAUCAAUCAAUAAAUAAACAAACUUAUUCAAAAACUAAUAAAUUAUCAAGAAUAACAAAUCAUAAUGAAUUUAUAAAAAAAAAAGCAACUAAUAAUCAAUAUGAAGUUGAUCUAAAGAAAAUCUUAUAUUUAUCAAAUUUAAAUAAACAAAUAACAAAAAAUCAUCUUAAAAAUUAUUUUAUUGGUUCAACAAAAAUUAUUUUCAAACAAAGUCAAUUACCACCACAUCUUAAUUAUGCAUUUAUAUUUCAUCAUACAAAUCUUCAAGCUGAAUAUAAUAGAAAACGAGCAAUUAGUUCUUCACGUUUUGGAUCAAAUUGUCAAAUAGAAUUUGUUAAAAAUCUCGAUGAACUUUCAAAUAAAAAUGAAUUGAAUGAAAAAUGGAAUAUUGCUAUUCAGCAAAUACCUGAAAAUGUUACUGAAAAUGAUUUAAUAAAAUUAUUUAAUUGUCAAAAAAUUAAAUAUAUUCCAUCAAGAAUUGUUCCAAAAUAA